AUGGCCUCUGAUCAUACUAAUUACUCUAAAAGAUUUAAACAAGGAGUUGCUCUGGAUAUGAGAUCAGCCGCACCAAAAUUAAUGAACAGUGAUAUCAAUGAUCUCCCUGAUGAUGAUUUGCUUGAGAUCCUUUAUCGACUCUCUUGCUAUAAGUUUGUUGCUAAAUGCAAGCGUGUCUGUAAGCGAUGGUGCAGGCUCAUGUCUGAGCCUUCUUUCAUUGGUGGCUUUGUGAGUCUCAAAAAUGAUAAGCAGUCACCAAUACAACACUCUCUGCUGGACUAUAGGGGAGUAGAAUUCCUCGGCAGAAUGUCAUCUUCCACCAAACCUCUAACUCCCUUGUUUGAACAACUCAUGAGCUUUCACGGUUUGGAAAGACAACCAGUUAUUGUCGCCAGUUAUAAUGACCUGAUUCUUUGCAGCACAAGCACAUUUGAUCAACGUGAUUACUACAUCUGCAAUCCAUCCACAGUCCAAUGGUGUCCUCUUCCUCCACCUCCUCAUGUCUACUACUACACGCCGGUGGGACUCAUCUGCGAUCUUCCCUACUAUGAUUUUAGGCCGACAGGUAAUCAGCGAGGAAGUAUCUUCCACCUUAAUGCUGAGUAUCGAUGCAGGGUGGUGAGAAUAAUUUAUCCUGAGGAUCUAGGCACAGUUUAUAGUGAAAUUAAAGUGCAGAUCUUUUCUUCUGAGACCGCUGAAUGGAUAGAGACAAUUGUAUCAUCCCCUUUACCCUUUCAUCCUUGUGACUAUUGUCAUUGCAGAAGCUAUGGUAACAAUGGAAUGCUAUAUUGGGGCAAUCAUAGAAUUAUUGAUGAGAGAUUUCUCAUUGGAUUGAAUCCGUUCAUAAUCAAAAACAGCAAUAAUACUAGUUUGUAUGGUACUAGCAGCAGCAGUACUACUAUUGGUGUUGAUACUAUCGAUCACAUUCAGAACAAAUGUUUCAUUGGAUUACGCCAAUAUGAGGAGGAUCUUCAUUUUUCAACCCUAGGAGUGUACAAAGGGUGCGUGCGGAUAUUCGAGUAUGAUACUGAAAUGCGUAAUCUAUAUAUUGUGGACUUGAAUGAUAAAGAAAUCCAUGAAGGAGGAGUGUGUCUGAAUCAGAUGAGGGUUUAUAAUCUGAAUGAAGAAAUGGUUCCAAUUGACAAAGAUGAUAUAGAAGUCGCAAUUUUAGGUUUCGACCCAGAUAAUGACGAUGUUUUGUAUCUGGUAAGAGGUGUUGAUAUUCUUAAGUGGAAUAUUCGUACAAGGACAUGGUCGACAGUUGCUGAAGUGAAUCAAGUUUCUGGUGGCUUGUACCCGCUCGCUAUUCCAUGGUGGCCGACACCGGUUCCUAAACUAAAAUAG